CAGCCUUGACUUCAGCCUAUAGCCUUAUCUGCUUCCCAACGAGGCAGGGAGCUCCUCCAACUAACUGAUUUUCAAACGCAACAAUGGUUUCGACCCUAACUCAUUCCUCUACAUCCAUUUCGCCCAUUCUCUUUCCAUCUAAAACCCUAACUCGACCAGCUCCCGCUGUCCUUCUCAGUAGUAACCGCCCCAAUUCCUCUCGUUCGUUACAACUAUCGCAUUCCAGUAUAACUUUAAAAAGUUUUCCCGGUGCGAAUUCGACGCCAGGUUCGAACAGAGGGCUCCGUUCAGUGUGCUCUUACAAAGCUGGCGACGAUAAAUUUCCGCAAAAGGAGAAUGACUUGGACUGGCCAAUUCUCAAACGGUGGGAUGUUCCUUGGGAGUGGCAAACGGUUUCCCUAACCUCACUUGCUUGUGGAUUAAGUUUUCUUCUGACAGUGUUGAUAGAGCAAUCGGCUUUACCGUAUCUAGGACUUCAAGUUGGAGAAUUGGGCUUGGAUGAGAAAGCGGAAAUACUUUUUUUGGAUGAAGCAAUUACAACUGUAGUUGUACUAGGAGUUCUGUUUAGUAUCACCGACACGUUCCAACCUCGUCCCGAUGACUUGUUUCGCUAUGAUCUGAAGAAACCUUUCGAUCUCCAGAGAGGAUGGCUCUUGUGGGCUGGAAUUGGUAUUGUUGGAGCUGUAGUAGCGAUUUCUUUAACUGGAGUUGCCGCGUCCUUGUUUCGUGCUGAUAAGCCACAAAGAGAGACUGAUGCUCUGGUGACUUUGCUACCGUUGAUUGGAUCCUCAACCAUCAGCACUGCCUGGCUGGUUGGCGUCACUGGCGUCCUUGCUCCACUCCUUGAGGAAACUCUGUUUCGGGGUUUUCUUAUGGUGUCCCUUACUAAGUGGUUGCCUACUCCAGUUUCCAUCCUCAUUAGUGGUGCUGUAUUUGCUGUUGCACAUCUCACUCCUGGACAAUUUCCACAACUGUUUGUGCUAGGGACACUUUUGGGUUUUUCAUACGCUCAAACUCGAAACCUUCUCACCCCCAUCACCAUACACGCUCUCUGGAACUCUGGAGUGAUCUUGCUUCUCGCCUUUCUUCAGCUGCAAGGGUAUGAUAUCAGGGAAUUGUUGCAGAACUCUUGAUAGGUGCUGCAUUUAUUUCUCUUCAAAGUUCUUUUGUACCAGAAAACUGAAGGAGAAUGGUUGAUGAAAGCCUAUUUACAUCUGUGAAAGAUGAUUGAUAAGUCUAUACCCCAUGAGACUACGACAGCACAAGCGCACUUUUUAACGUAAGAAUUCGGGAAGCAACAUUUUCCAAUCAUCCACAACUUUAUCUGCUUACUGAAAAAAUUCUACCAUUCUUUGGGGUCUGUCGAAUGCCUUGAUAAGAAUUGUUUCUUGUUCAGCUAUCAUGGGAAUGGCAUUAUUAGUUGUUUUUUUUAUAGCUGAAAACAACGCAACAUGAAAAGAACACAUUUCAGUAGAAAAAAAGUUAUGGAAAAGAAAGCUAUUUCGUUU